CCGUUGGACAUUUCAGAUAAUGCUGUCCCUUUUGUUCCUUUGGCUCCGUCUGUGCCUUCGAUUCCGCCGAACCAACCUUUCGAUGUCAGUCGACAUAUUCGCAUGGUUCCUCCGUUUAGUGACCGCGAGGUGGAUAAGUAUUUUAGUCAUUUCGAGAGAGUUGCCGUCACACUAAAGUGGCCUGUUGAGUUCUGGACCCUGCUGUUACAGUGCGUGCUCACCGGAAAAGCACAGGAGGUCUAUUCUGCGCUCACUGUACCACAGAGCUCAGACUACAGUUUAGUAAAAACGACAAUUCUAAAUGCAUAUGAGUUAGUUCCUGAGGCAUACAGGCAAAAAUUUCGUGGCCUUCGAAAAACUGAGCAGCUCACAUUCGUUGAGUUUGCGAGGGAGAAAGAGAGCGUUUUUGAUCGGUGGUGCACUUCUCAACGUGCCCACACUAAAGAACAAAUCCGAGAACUCCUUCUGCUGGAAGAAUUUAAAAACUGUGUUCCAGAGACUGUAGCUACUUAUUUAAACGACCAAAAGGUAACAACACUGUCACAGGCUGCUGUCUGUGCUGACGAAUUUGUGUUAACGCACAGAAGUUCGUUUCUCUUUUCUUCUCCUCCUCCUCGUCGUCGUUGUUCAGCUCAGCCUUCUAGUCCGAGGCAGAACGGAAGAGAUUCAGAGUUCCGAAGGCCUAAGUCACCUUCUGAAGCUCCUGUGAUCUCCAUCUACCCUCUUGAGGAGGAUGUUCGUAUGUUCGGUGAUGUGUCUGUCUCUUGUCCAAGACUUUAGACAGUUUGUGCCUUCUCCAACUCAUUAAUUGAUCAACAUUAGAUGUUGAUUUUUGGUGGUGGGGGUGUUACGUCCCUGUAUGUUUUAUCAGUGUUUGUUUGCUUUUGUCUGUUCUGUGUAUCUUUCUGUUGUGUUUCAGACAGUCCAGCAGGGGGGCUUAAUUGCUGGGCCGGCCUAUAAAAGGUGCUGGCUGACGUCAUCCGGGAGCUCGCUCGAUCGUUUGCUCACUUGCUUUUGGGAUUUAGGUUGGGGUUGCCGCUGCCAUGCCACGCUACGCCGCUCCGCUGCUUCGCUCAAGCCACGCGUUCCAGCA